CAUCUGUCGACAGCGACGUUUCGAAGCGCUACCGCUCUCGUGUGGGGUGCGUGUUGUGUCUGUCGGCGUCCUCGUCCAGUACUGCUGUUACGCGGUCUAAGGGCGCUGCUUGCGGUCUCCUGCGCAGUACUGGCCCCUCCGCCCUGCCUGGGCUCCUUCAGAGCCGCGCGACUUCCUGUGGCCGCGCUGUGUCCGGGGCCCGCCGCUGCUUUCCUGCCGCCGCCGCCGGGUCGGGGCACCGGGCCCGCCCUGCCCGCGCUCUCCUGGACCCCAGCUGAUUUCUGCAGGGCCUGGGCCGUACCUUGUGUCUCGGUGCAUUAACAGGUUAUCAUGGCCUCAGGUUCACUGUGAGUCAGAAUCGGUUCCAUGGCACACAACAGUGACAGCAACAGGUUCCAGGUGUGGCACAGAGAGAACUAGUCCAGUGAGGCAGCUGGGUACCUAGGGCAACCAUCUUGCAUAUCCUUGCUGUCACAAGUAAGGUUUCAACUGCUCUGACAGGCUGUGUGGACCAGACAGUAUUCAUCUGCUUCCACUCCCAUCCCUCUUAAGUGGCUUCUUGGGCUCCUAGAAGACAUUCACUCAACUUCCAGAAGCUGGAGCCAGAAAAUGGACUCAGUGGUCUUUGAGGAUGUGGCUGUGGCAUUUACCCAGGAAGAGUGGGCUCUGCUGGAUUUUUCUCAGAGGAAACUCUAUAGAGAUGUGAUGAUGGAAACCUUCAGGAACCUGGACUCAGUUUUUAAACAGGAUAAUAAUGGACAAAUGUCCAUGAAGAAUUACUUCUGGCCCUCCAUGUUAGGAGAAAUAUGUAAAUUCUGUGGCAUUGAACAUCAGCACAACAACAGAAGAAGGCACGUGAGAACAUAUACGGUAGAGAGCCUCUGUGAAAGUAAAGAUGGUAAAGUAAAUAAUGGUGAAGAAGGUAAUCAAUAUGGAAAAACUUUGAGCUGGAUUGGAAAUCUUAUUAGGCUCAAAAGAACUCCUGCUGGAGUAAAUCCUUCUGAAUGCCUUGAGUGUGGAAAAGCCUUCACGGAUCAUUCAUCAUCUGAGCAUCACAUCAGAUCUCACACUGAAUACAAACUUUAUCAUUGUAAGGAAUGUGUAGAAUACUGCAGAUAUCCUUCUUACCUAAAACCUAAUGUGAGAGAGAGACUUUGUAAAUGUAAGGAUUUUGGGAAACUUAAUAGUUAUUCCUUACCCCUCACUAAACAUGUAAGAACUCACAGUGGACAGAGGCCUCAUGAAUGUAAGGAGUGUGGAAAAGCCUUUAGUUAUCUGUCAAGCCUUACUAGACAUAUAAAAACUCACAGUGGAGAGAGGCUUUUUGAAUGUAAGAAAUGUGGGAAAGCCUUUAAUCGUUCUUCAGUCCUUGCUACACAUUUACGAACUCACAGUGGAGAGAGGCCUUAUGAAUGUAAGGAAUGUGGGAAAACCUUUAGUUGUUCCUCAAACCUCACUAGACAUACAAGAACUCACAGUGGAGAGAGGGCUUAUGAAUGUAAGGAAUGUGGAAAAGCCUUUAGUUUAUCCUCACACCUCACUAGACAUACAAGAACUCACAGUGGAGAGAAGCCUUAUAAAUGUAAGGAAUGUGGGAAAGCCUUUAGUCGUUCCUCAUCCCUCACUACACAUAUACGAACUCACAGUGGAGAGAAGCCUUAUGAAUGUAAGGAAUGUGGGAAAGCCUUUAGUCAUUCCUCAGCCCUCACUACACAUAUAAGAUCUCACAGUGGAGAGAGGCCUUAUGAAUGUAAGAAAUGUGGGAAAGCCUUUAGUUGUUCCUCAGCCCUCACUACACAUAUGCGAACUCACAGUGGAGAGAAGCCUUAUGAGUGUAAGGAAUGUGGGAAAGCCUUUAGUUUUUCCUCAUCUCUCACUAUACAUAUAAGAUCACACAGUGGAGAGAGGCCUUAUGAAUGUAAGGAAUGUGGUAAAGCCUUUAGUUGUUCCUCUCACCUCACUACCCAUAUAAGAACACACAGUGAAGGGAGGCGUUAUGAAUGUAAGGAAUGUGGGAAAGCCUUUAGUCAGUUUUCACAACUCACUAGACAUGUAAGAGUUCACACUAGAGAGAAGCCUUAUGAAUGUAAGGAAUGUUGAAAAUCCUUGAGUUAGUUUUCAUACCUCACUGGCCAUAUAAGAUCUCACAGUGGAUACAGGCCUUAUGAAUAUAAAGAUUGUGGGAUUGCCUUCAGUUGUUUCUCUUCCUUUAAAUAAACACGUUAGAACUUAUGAUGGAGAUAGGCCUUAUGAUAGUAAUAUGAGAAAGCCUUUAGUCAGUUCUAACAUCUCACUGAUGAUAUAAGAUCUCACGGAGAGAACCUGCGGUACAGUGAAUUGCUGUCAUCUGGUCCUUCUAGCCAUGAUCUUGGAAGUCUCACAAAAUGACUAUGCAAAUAAAGUGUAUGGAAGCCUCAUAGGUUAUUGGUCAGUUUUACCAUCCCAGUAGGUUUAAAAGAGAGCCAGUCCCCAAGAAGAGUGGGAGGACCUCAUUGCCAUCAAGAAGACAGGGCAGGAGCCAAGUACAUCCUUUGGAACUGGGGUCCCUGCACUGAGAACCUCCUAGAACUAGGAGGCAGAGAGAGCUUAACACUGUAAGAGAAGUGGCAUGAGACAGAAGCGGCAGCAAGCACAGCAAAAAAAAAAAAAAAAAAAAAGGCAGCAGUAGAACCAAGACACUGGUACAAGACAGCAUGGUGGGCUUCCCAGCACACGGAAUGAGGCAGUCACGAUGGGCUUGCCAACCUACAGAGUGAGAGCUGAGCACCUUCAGCCAGGCAGCUCUCUGGCUGAGUAGGUUGCCUCUGGGUACUCAUUGACAGAGUUAGGCUUGCUGACCCACGGAACUAGAGAACUGAGCGCCUUUGGGCAGGAGGCUUCCUUGCCAAUGGCGUGCCUUUUGGCAUUUACUGACACAGCUAAAUAGCUGUAACCCUUGCCCAAGCAGGGCAGAGGCCAGGUCCGAGCAGGGCCUGGUAGCAACAAGAGCCUGACCAGGAUUUGGUGGCAGAGACCAAGAAGAAGCUGUCCUAAUAGAACUGUAUCCUGAGUUGUUCCUGUUACCUCCAUGUUGAUCCUGAAAUGUAACCUUCUACUUCCCUAAUAAACACCAUUGAUCGAGUCUGGUCUGUGACUUCUCUGUGGCUGUUGCAACAAAUUAUCAAACCCAGCACAGAUGUAGAGAGUGCCAUCAGGGGCAUGGUUUGUGUCAGAUUGGUAAAAAGGUUGUAGAGUGGAGGUACGUUUGACGUCCACUUCGUAGGAAUCGGCUUUGGUCUUUGGGCUGAUGAUGGAGGUGAUUCUCUCUGCUCCUCCUGAAGUUAGAAGAUGGCUUCUGAUGCCAUACCAUUUUUACAGAAGCCUUAUGAAUGGUAAGGGAUGUGAGAAAGCCUUUAUUCAGCAUUCCUCGGUAGACAUCUAAGAACUCACAGGGGAGAGAGGCCUUAUUUAUGUAAGGAAUGAGGGAAACUCUUCAGUUCUGUCUUAGCCUUUUGAAGACGUGAGAAUGUUCACGGGACAGGAAAAAGUAUGUGUAAGUAAUGUUGAAAUGCUUUUGGUAAUAGCUCAUCUUUUAAAAAUCUGAAAGAAAACACAUGGGAGGGACACCAUGUAGUGUGAGAAAUGGGAAAGUUUUUGCUUUUCCUCCUGUACUUUCCAAGAUCUGAAGUUUUAUGUAUAUGGGAAAGCCCUCACCAAUCACCUGUUAAAUAUGUGAGAAGUCGUACUUCUGAAAAAUCAUGGGUAUGUAAGGAACAUGGAAACAUCUACAAAUCUUUUGGGAUUCUUAGAAAAUAUGUGAAAUAAUAUACUGUGGAUUGAUCCUAUGAAUGUAAAAUAUGAGGAACUCCUUCAGUGUCCCUUCUCACUUAGAAGCCCUGUGAGGCCUCACAUGCUGAGACUGUGUGACUGUAAGUCAAGUUACCUUUCAGUCGUAGCAGAUGACUUUAGAUGAGUAUCAAAAUGUCAUUUUGGUUCUUUUAUGUACAGAUUGUCUUUAUUACAAAAUCCCAUCAACCCAUAUGUAGUAUCAUGAAGUGUGUUUUCUUUUUACCGACUAUAUCUUGAGUUUUUAUCCUUUUUCACAUUAUAAUGCAGUUUGUUUUCAGUAUAGAAAAUUUGAUUUUUACAGGAAAUUAUAAGGAAAAGGAAAAAGUCAACUCAAUAUCCCAUCACUCUUGUUGCUUGGGUAUUCCCUUUAGCCUUGUUUGUAUUAGAAAGCAGUGUUUGCUUACCAUAUCUCAUUUAUAUUGUAUGUGUAGUGCUGUACUGAACAUUUUUUCUGUUGCUUCUCUCAUCUUUCACAAUUAUUAUCCUUGGUUUACUGAUGAUUAAACUGCACACCAUCUCACAAAAAUGCACCUUGCAAGUGAUACUGUGUGAAGCAGGGUUUAUGUGGAAGGAGAGUUCCUCUUAGGGGUUCAUAUGGACCCACAACAUGACCUAACAGCAAUGAAGCUUCUGCCCAGCACAGGCCCAGAGCCUGUUUUUUUUAGGGUCCAGCAUUUGGUAAUCCCAUGGUUCCUGGAGACUGUGCCAGUCCAGGAACUGAGGCUGCAGUUACUGGGGUGGACUGGACAGGCAACUGCUUCUCCACCUGAGGUGCAUACCUGCCGUGGGGCCUGGUGGUUUAUCCAGAGCCACUGCCCCAUGCUGAACUGGGAGCUUCCUCCAUGGUGCUUCAUGUAAGGGGCCUGAGAAAUGGUGACCAUAGGUAACAGAAGCAUUCAUAUUAAGCCUUCUGUUGGCCUAGCAAUUCCCCUUUCAGAAUCAUCCUGUGAAAAAUCCCUGGGCACCAUGUUGUUGUCGUUGUUAGGUGCCAUCAAGUCAGUUCCAACCGAUAGCAACCUUAUGUACAAUAGAAUGAAACACUGCCCAGUCCUGUGCCCUCCUCACAAUCAUUAUGCCUGAGCCCAUUGUUUCAGCCAGUAUGUCAGUCCAUCUCAUUGACGGUCUUCCUUUUUUUGCCCACUCUCUACUAAGCAUGGUGUCCUCUAGGGACUGAUCCCUCCUAAUAACAUGUCCAAAGUAUGUGAGACCUAGUCCCGCCAUCCUGGCUUUUAAAGAGCAGUUUGGUUGUACUUCUUUCAGGACGGAUUUGUUUGUUCUUCUGGCAGUCCAGUGUUCUGGUGCUAUUCAUAAGGUUUUUUCAGGCUAAUUCUCUUCAGAGGUAGACCACCGGGUCCCUUUUCCUAGCCUGUCUUAGUCUGGAAGCUCAGCUGAAACCUGUUCGCCAUGGGUGACCCUGCUUGUAUUUGAAUAUACGAAAGCCCCCACAGUACGACAAACUGACAGACAUAUGGGGGCUGGGCACCAUAAUGGUGUCCGUUGAACCUGCCCGUUGACAUCUAGUUGAUUCUGACUCAUAGCAACCCUAUAGGACAGGGUAGAACUACCCCCAUAGAGUUGCCAAGGCUGUAAUCUUUAUGGAAGCAGACUGUGACAUCUUAUGGAGCGGCUGGUGAGUUCUGAACUGCUGACCUUUUGGUUAGCAACUGAGUGCCUAUCCACUGUGUCACCAGGGGUCCUUCCAUUGAUCCUAGUGAUAGUGGAAAUACCGAAAGUCUGGAACCAUUGUCACUGUACAACAGGAACGGAGUUUUCAGUAAAUGCCUGGCUGCAUGUCACAGUAUUAUACUGUCAGUAAAUUAAUUUCGUGAGAAAAAGUUUAGUCCCCAGUAGGAGAGGCAAUCAUGCUGUUGUUUGAAAGCCACAGUAUAAGAUAGUGGAUAGAUGAUGAUGACAGUUUUAUAAAACACUUGCAUAUGCAGACAAACCAGCCUGUAGAGAAGCCUAGAACAUUGACAGGGACUCUCUCACAAAGGUGAGGCUGAUUUCUGUAGUUUCUUUGAUUCUCCCUAACCUGCAGGGUUUUCUUCAGUCAUUGUUCAUUCUUUGUAUAACCAUUUUCUUAAAUUUAAAAAUAGUAAUUUAAUUUGCAAUGUACAGUAGUAAGAGUUUUGACAAAUACAAUUACAUCAUAUAACGAGUACCGCAAUGACUGUACAAAAGAGUUUUCUUCCUGCCAAAAACUUUCCUAAUGCUGCCCAUUUUAAGUCAGGCCUUCCCCUCACCCUGAAUGCCUGGUAGCUGUUCCUGUACAUGUCAUUCACUAUGUAGCUUUUAGGUUCUGGCUCCUGUUAUUUAGCAUAGUGAAUUUUAGAUUGCUCUAUGUUGAUAAAUGUACCAAGUUUGUUUCUGUUUAUUGCUUUUUUGUAGUAUUGCAUUGUAUGCUGCCAGUGGAAGGACAUUUGAGCUUUGUCCUAUUUUUGUGACUAAAGCAGCUGUAAACAUUCAAGCGUAGAUAUUUGUGUGUGUGAACAUAAGGUUUCAUUUUUCUUGUGUAUAUCCUUAUGAGUGGGAUGCUGUGUCAAAUGGUAGGUGUAUGUUGACCUUUGUUAGAAACUGCUGAUCUUUUUUUUCCCCCUGCAUUCUCUUUUAUAGUAAUUUUAUUUUGGUGAAAAUAUACACAGCAAAACAUUCUCCCAUUUAACAAUUUCUACAUGUAUAGUUCAGUGACACUGGUUACUUUCUUUUUGUUGUGUCACCAUUCUGUCUACACCCAAAUUUUUUCACCACCAUUAACAUUGGCUUGCUGCCCCCUGUUUUAGAGCUGGGCCAGAAUGAGCUGAUUCAAAGCCCUGGAGGAAAGAAAGACAGCAGUGUUCAGAUCCCAUAUCCCACAGGAAGCCACUGAAGUCCAGGGUCACUAGGUGGAGCCCUCUGGUUCGGCACACAGAACCCCUCCUCUUUGGCACCUAGUGUCCCAGAAACCUGACACAGAAGUGCAUGUCCUUGGCCGGCUGCCAUAUUUGGUCACACUGCUGCUCCUGUGUGUGGAGGAUGUCGUGUCUGUCAGCAUCCUUCCUGGUCCAGUACUUCCGUCCCAUGAUCUGAGGGCACUGCUCCCGCUGUCCUGAGCAGUCCUGGUCUCUCCGGCUUUAAACCAACACGUUGCCUGGUCCUGUGCCAUCCUCAUAUUGAAAGCCUUUCUUUCACUGACCCCCUACCACACAUGAAGUCUUUUUCCAGGGAUUGGUCCUUCCUGAUAACAUGUGCGGAAUAAGCAAGACAAAGUCUUCACCAUCCUCGUUUCUAAGGAGCAUUCUGGCUGUUCAUUCUCACAAGUCCAUGGUAUAUUCAAUAUUCUUCUCCAACACCACAAUUCAAAUACGUCAGUUCUUCCAUCUUCCUUGUUCAUCUACCUUUCACGUGCAUAUGAGGCAAUUGAUCCCGUAUAGAUUCUAAAAGAGUUCAGUGUUCAAGACAUUUUUUACUAGUUAAGCUAAACUAUUGUUUGAUUUUGAGAAGAUGUCAGGGGAUAUUUUUGGUUUAAGAUUUAAAGAUUUUCUCAGGGCAAUAGUUUCAUGGGUUUAUCCAGCCUCCGUGGCUCCAAAAAAUCUGGAUUUCGUGAGAAUUUAAAAUUCUGUUCUGUGUUGCUUCCCUUUUGAUCAAAGAUUCAUCCAUAGAAUCUGUUUUAGUUAUCUAGUGCUUCCAUAACAGGAAUACCACCAGUAGGUGGCUUUAACAAACUAUUUUCUCACAGUUUAGUAGGCUAAAAGUCCAAAUUCAGUUCUCCAGCUCUAAUGGUAGGCUUUCUUUUUCUGUUGGCUCUGGGGGAAUGUCCUUGCCUCUUUUUGUCAUCUCUUCCUUGUCUUCUUGGUGAUCUCAUGUGGCAUGGUAUCUACUCCCAUUUCUACUUUCUUAAUCUGUUUCUUUUAUAUAUCAAAAGAGAUUGGCUCAAGAAACACCCUACACUAAUGUUGCCUCAUUAACAUAACAAAGAAAACCCAUUCCCAAAUUGAAUUAUAUGCACAAGUAUAGGGGUUAGGAUUUACAACAUAUUUUGGGGGAAUGCAAUUCAAUCCAUAACAGAAUCUUUGAUCAAAAUGUUCAGUAAUGAUAGCCAGGCAGCAUCCACUUCUGGUCUCAUGACAAAGGGGGCAGAUGAUCAUGGAGGCAAUUAGCCUCACGUUCCAUUUCCUCCUCCUAUUUCCUGACUGUUCCUAUUCUUCUGUUGCUCCAGUUGAAUAGAGACCAAUUGUAUCUUAAAUGGUUGCUUGCAAGCUUUGAAGACCACAGGCAUUACACAAUGAACUAAAAGGUAGAACAGAAGCACUAAAUGUGAUAUUAGGCCAGUUAACUGGGAAGUCUCAUGAAACCAUGAGUCUAAACUUCUAAACCAAGGCAUCAAAUCCCAUGAGGUGUUUGGUUAUACAUAAGCAGCCACAGCAGCUCUGCGUUUUUUUUUUUUGGGGGGGGGGGGGUCUUUGUAAAUAUAUUUAUCACACAAUAUUUGCCAAUUCAACUUUUUACAGGUAUACAAUUUAUUGACAGCAAUUUCAUUAAUGGGCAGUGCAAUGCCCAAAAAAAAAAAAAAACCAAA